AAAAAAGUUUCAAUGGCUUUCUAUUGCUCCAAACUUUUGCACCAAUACCUUUAUUCUAUAUAUUUAGGGUAAAUACUUUGUUUCUAGUGCAGAUGUAUGAGCAGUGUUUUUAGAACUAACAUUUCUCUAUAAUGUUGUAAUGUCACGUAAUAAACUCCGGUGACAAGGAAUAGUAAACAACACUUUGAAAGUCAACAGUUUUUAUUUAAUGUUCAACCCAGGUUCUUAAGGAAAAGUGAGACGCACUGACAAUGAUAGCUAACCCAUAACUAAUAGAGUCUAUUCAGUUCGGUUCCCCGUGCCGUUCUCUUGUUUUCUUCUGUUAAUCAGAGUUAUAUAGGAAAUAUACCCAAGAGCAUUGUUGGUAAUUAGCUAUCAUGUCCGAGCGUUAUUACAAAUAUGGUGAUACGACAUUCUGCGGACUGCUGAAUCUGCAUGAAUCUGCAAUGUAUAAUGGAAAUAUGCCAGCGUCCAGUUGGCUACCUGUAUGCCUGGUACAGAGAAGAACUGAACUUUGUUAACCUUAGGAUAGCAAUAUACAAUUAUACAUGUGUAUGAAACAGAGAGAACAAUAUUUCGGAGAAGCAAUAUUUUAGAGUACUGAACUGUUUCUAUAUUACUUUAUAACUAUGUCCCGAAUGGCCAUUACAUUACAAUUUCCUUUCUUUCUUCUCUUUAGAAUAAAAUAAUAAUUUAAGUAUGAACAUGUCAUAAUAAUAAAGUAACAGUCCUACCAUACAUACCAUACACCUUAGUGCUAUCGCUGGUUAUUUCGCAUUUAGACUUCUGUAAUGUUAUUUUAUACGGUAUUUCUGAUUGUGACAUCACAAAACUGCAACGCAUUCAAAAUAAUGAAAAUAUGUGUGCGAAGUUAGUUCUGAAUCGUAGAAGAAGAGACAGUUCUAAGCAGGCACUCUACGAUUUGCACUGGCUGCCGAUCAAAGCCAGAAUAAACUUUAAGAUCUUGACGUACAUGUUCAAUUGCCAUGUUGGAAAUGUGCCUGCAUAUUUGAUUGAACUCUUAACACCGAAAAUCCCCCAGCGCUCCCUCAGAUCCUCGGAGUCAUCAGUUGACUGUUACACCGUCCCUUUCAACAAGCGAAAAACUUUUAGUGAUAGAAGCUUUAGUACUAUAGGGCCAAAGUUGUGGAACAAUUUGCCGCUGAACAUCAGACAAAGUUCUUCAUUUGACUGCUUUAAGAAAAAGUUGAAAACGCAUUUCUUCAGAGACUACUUUGCAUUAUUCUAAGUUUUGACUGAGUUUUAAAACAGUGAUGCUAGUGACAGUGAUAGAAAUUUAAUGUUUGUCUGUGAUAAUUAUAUGUUAGUAAUAUUUUAAAAUAUAGUAUUAUCAUUAACUUUAAAUUAAUAAUUGCUAUUUUAAUUCGUUUUAAUUAAUCUUAUUUAAAAUAUUUUAUAUUUAAUAUUUUAUUUCAACUUGUAUUGUAAAACGCCAUUGAAUAUGUUUUAAAUGUAGAAAUAGGCGUUUAAGCAAAUAAACCAGUUUCAGUUUCAGUUUACAUGUGAUACGUCCCGGAUUGCCCGGGAUUGUCCCGGAAAUUACAUACUCGUCCCGGUGUUCCGGACAGUCUUGAAAUGUCCCGGAAAAUAAAAAUACAGGAACAAAUAAAAAUAAUCCCCCAAAAAACUUGUUUUUUUGUCUAUAAGUUGUUGAAUUUUACACAAUAAACAGUCCCCGGUGUCACAUUGUUUAUUCCUAAUCAGUUUCAUGCCCUCGAGCGGGACACGUGUUGAUUAAGUCCGCUUUGAUCACGCGACGAUCUUUUGAUGACACUGAUUAAGUUACCGUCAGUUAUUAUGAUGACCCUGAUUAAGAACUGACAGGAUUAUGCAGUCAGUAACUGUUUUAUGGUACUUAAAUUAGGAACAAUAGUCGUAAAUCUCUUUGUUUUUAGCACGUUGGCGGUAAAGCUACAUGUAGCCUUUAUGGAAGAGAUUAUUGAAAACAGUCAAUUAAACGAUAAUUAUUUUAAAAGGUUGUAAUAAUUUAAGAUCAAGAUCGAUUGUCACACAUAUUCUAAAUUAAAAUAUUGAAUGCCUUUGCCGACCGACCCAUGGAAAUUGACCCGACUCCAAAUAUUUUAUAUUGGCGAUUUUAUUUACAAGAUAUAUUUUAUUCCUUUAAGGAUUCAAUUUAAUUAUUAGAUAAAUGUUUAAGCUUUAGAAUGAUACCAAAUUAGCUAGAAUCUAAAUCACGAUGACCAGGUUGAUUCUUCGUAUAUAGUAAGUCUCCUAAUUCUGUUCACCUCGGGAACGCAAUAAAUUCACGUGCCGAACUAUAGAUGUGUAUUACCCGUACAUGUAUUUACCUCCCUUGGAAAGCUAGACGACAUUUGCAGUAAAUUAAAACAUUGUAAGCGAGUGAACAAUGUUUAUCUCGCAAAACUACAUGUAAUAUUACGAUAUUUUUGCAUGAAACAGAUGAAUACCAAUGUCACGAUGUAUGUCCCGGACAAAAGGUGUUUCUUCUUUUAAGGGAGGACAUCAAAGUAAGGCAAAAACAUACAGUGCAAAGUCUGAUCAGACAAGAGAACGGGAACCAGACAAACCCAGCUCCAUCAUGGAAGAGGAAAUUGGAUCAGGAACGCCGAAAACGACUAUAAUUGUUGGGGCCGGUUCAAGAGGGCAUGGAUACCCAUAUUAUGCAGUGGUCUUUCCUAAACAGCUCAAGGUUGUUGGUGUAUGUGAACCGAGAGAUCACCACAGACAGCAUGAAGUGAAACAGCACAACAUUCCACCAGAAAAUGUUUUUAAAGACUGGAAAGAGGCUGCUGAACGUGAGAAGUUUGCAGACAGUGUGAUCAUUUGUACACCAGACAGGUUGCACAAGGAUCCUGCCAUAGCAUUUGCAAAGAAAGGUUACCAUAUUCUACUGGAAAAGCCAAUGGCUGUAACAGAAGCUGAUUGUAAAGAAAUUGUUGCGACAGUUAAAGAGAAUAACGUAAUCCUUGCAGUAUGUCAUGUUAUGCGUUACAUGUCAUGGGUGAAAAAAGUGAAAGAAAUCAUAGAUAGUGGCGUGAUUGGAGACGUUGUUAAUAUAAACCAUACAGAACCGGUUGGUUUUCAGCAUUUUGCUCAUUCUUUUGUACGUGGAAAUUGGGGCAAAGAAUCUACCAGCACAUUUUCACUUCUUGCUAAAUGUUGCCAUGAUGUUGACCUAAUUUGCUACUGGAUGCCCAAGAAGUGUGAAAAAGUGUCUUCAUUUGGAAACCUCAGUCAUUUUCAUAAAGCAGAUCAGCCAGAAGGUGCCGCAUACAGGUGCUUGGAUUGUCCAGUCAGUAUAGAAAAUAAUUGUCCAUAUUCUGCAAAGAAAAUCUAUUUAGAUAGAGUAAAACAGGGACAUAGGGGUUGGCCUACGAGCGUUCUGUGUGAUAUAGUUGAUAUAGAAAAUGUUACAGAUGCUCUCAGGAAAGGUCCAUACGGCAAAUGUGUUUAUGAUACAGACAAUGAUGUUAUGUCACACCAGGUAGUAAAUAUGCAGUUUGAGGGAGGAGCUACGGCUACACUUCAAAUGGUUGCAUUUACAAAGAAACUUUGUGCAAGAGAAGUUAAGAUAUAUGGGACCAAGGGUGAAAUUACUGUAAAUGAUGGAGAACUUCCUCCAAUCAAAGUGUUUAACUUUUUGACACAUAAAACAGACAGUUUCGACCCUGAAGAUGAAAUGGCACCACUUCCUCUGAUGGGACACGGAGGUGCUGAUUAUCAAGCGAUCAAAGCAUUUGUUACUGCCCUUCAUGAUCAAGACUCAAAAGUUAUCGAGACAGGACCAGAUGACACACUUGCUAGUCAUAUAUUGUGCUUUGCUGCAGAAAGGGCCAGGAAAGAAAAUAGAGUGCUCAAUCGGAAUAGCCAAGGAGAGUUUGAAUGACACCACCGUCUUUAAUGAAAUAAAAAAGUCGAAUUAUUUCCAGAGAGUAAACAUUUCUGUAGAUUAUCAAUGUGUGUCAGGGAUCUGUUCUAAGCAGAAUCUAAAAAAAAUCAGUGAAUGGUCCCAUGUUUUGACACCAGCUCUAAAUUUAGUCAAUGAGAAUUGAUAACCAGAAUUAUUGUCUUCAAACAGAAUUUUCGGAGACAUGACCUUUUUCAAGAAACUUGAAGGUUUGUGUCCAUCACUGAACAGGAAAUGCAUGGAUUAGGAGAAAGAGUUUCCUGAAAAGGACACGUGUCUGAAAAUUGGUCGCGCGAGUGUUUAUCUACUUGUUAGAAUUCUCAUUUGACUUGUUAGUUUAUAUAUAUCAUAUUUAGGUACCGUAUGACUUUAGAACCAGAAUUGUCUAUAUUUUGGAAAAAGAGCAGGACUCAUUUUUAGUUGUUAUAUUCCAGGACUGAAUACCGUCAAAAAUUCUUUGUUUUCAGACUGCUGUUUUCUUGAUAUUUUAUACAUAUUUUGCAAAAUCAUUUUUCAAUCUAUGUUCUUGUAAGAUUGCCUUAAACAAACAUUAAAGAAAUAGAGAAAUCAGCAGUUCAGAUUCUUUUUGAGUCUUUGGUGAAUGCAUGCCCAAUUAUUCAAACAAAGUAUAUUGUAAAGACAGAUAUACAAAAGUAUUUAGAAUUCAGAGCUUACUUUGUACAGAGUACCAGAUUCAAGCAUUUGACUGGUUGUUUCCUAACAAUACCUUUCAAAUAAUGACCAAUGGUAAAGUACUCUCCCUAGUACGCAAUUUUAAAUUCUUCAGACCAUACUUAACAAUUUAACUAUGAAAUUUCAUCUGUUUAUGUUACCAGAUAUAGUCCAUGGUUUGAGUCUUUUGUGAAAGAAUGACCGAUAUUUCAUACAAAGUAUACUGUAAGGACAUAUACAAAAAUGUUCAGAAAUUCAGAGCUUACUUUGUAUCUUGGGGACCAAUCAAUUACAGGUUUAUUAUCCGCUGGUGAGGGUUUUGUAUACAAGUAGCUGCGUCAUUGGAAUGUGGCUAUUCGUUUUCAUGCACCAAGUUUAUUCAGUUUCAUUUGCCAUAGGUUAAAAAUAGAUUGCUGUAAAAGCACAUAUUUUCGCUGGGUCAAAAUUUCGCGAAUUUGAAAUUUUGAGUAUGUUCGAGAGGUUUAAUAUUCACGAAAUUGUUAAAAUGGUAUCCUACUUUAAUUUGAAGUAUACUAAUGGUCAGUAUUUACGAGGAUUAAUGUUCACGAGAUGUAGGGUCUCGCGAUUACAGCAAACAUUAAACCCUUGCAAAAAUUUCUGCUUUUACAGUAACCCUAUCACAUGAGCCAAGUUCAUUUCCUGAUGAAUUGAUUGUUUUAAUCGAGGUUUAUCCCUUUUGAUAUGAUAUUUCCUCCAACGGUACUGUGUGGUUUCUUAGUUAUGUCUCCCCCCACUGGGGGAGACAUAUUGUUUUUGCCCUGUCUGUCUGUCCGUCCGUCCGUCAAACUUCAUUUCCGAUCAAUAACUGGAGAACCAUUAGCCCUAGAACCUUCAAACUUCAAUGGAGUAGACGACCCUUUUGUUUUUGGGGUCACUCUAUCAAAGGUCAAGGUCACAGGGGCCUGAACAUGGAACACCAUUUCCGAUCAAUAACUUGAAAACCACUUGACCCAGAAUGUUGAAACUUCAUAGGGUGAUUGGUCAUGCAGAGUAGAUAACCCCUAUUGAUUUUGGGGUCACUCUAUUAAAGGUCAAGGUCACAGGGGUCUGAACAUGGAAAACGAUUUCUGAUCAUAAACUUGAGAACCACUUGAUCCAGAAUGUUGAAACUUUAUAGGAUGAUUGGACUUACAGAGUAGAUGGCCCCUAUUGAUUUUGGGGUCACUGCGUUAAAGGUCAAGGACACAGGGACCUAAACAUCGAAAUCCAUUUUCGGUCAGUACCUUGAGAACCACUUGACCCAAAAUGUUGAAACUUCAUAGGAUGAUAGGACUUACAGAGUAGAUAUACCCUAUUAAUUUAAGGGUCACUACGUUAAAGGUCAAGGUCACAGGGGCCUAAACAUUGAAAUCUAUUUCCGGUCAAUAACUUGAGAACCACUUGACCAAAAAUGUUGAAACUUCAUAGGAUGAUAGGACUUACAGAGUAGAUAUACCCUAUUAAUUUAAGGGUCACUACGUUAAAGGUCAAGGUCACAGGGGCCUAAACAUCGAAAUCUAUUUCCAGUCAAUAACUUGAGAACCACUUGACCCAGCAUGUUGAAACUUCAUAGGAUGAUAGGACUUACAGAGUAGAUGAACCCUAUUGUUUUUGGGGUCACUAUUUUUGUAUGUUUUUUUAAAAUGUUCCAUGGUUGAUUAAUAUUCAUUAUUAUAUAUACUAUAAAUAAAACAUGAUUUUCAGUUGACAAGAAUGUUGUCUCAGUUAGCAGUAUACCACAGGAUAGUUCUCCAACCAAGUGAAAUCGAGAGGAGAGGGGAAUAAUAGAUUUUUCAACCGCCUAUCUAUCUAAUACUCCGCCCCAGUCUGUCUUGAGAUAUUUUACUUAAACUUGGUAUGGUGGUAAAGGAUCAUAAUUAGAUUUUGCAUGUCUGUGUGUUUUGUUAUGUU